GCCAACAUCGCCCAGCAACUGAGUUAUGAUCUCAGCAUGGAAGAACUCAGUAACUACUAUGGGAGGUCUCUGGGUGACUUCUACUCUGACAGGUACAAGACUCUGUGGGGAGCAGAGGUGAGAGGACAACAAAGAGGCCUCCAUGUACAUUCAUCAUCAGGAAAUGAGCAACAAGUUUGGGUUCAACAGCUGGUUCAACAUGUCAGCCAGGGAUGCUGAUAACUUCGUCCACCUUGGAGAAGACUACACCUGGCAGGGAGGGAUGGGCAGCCUCAUACACUACUUGAUGGACAAGGUCCCCCAGCACCAGGUACGGAUGCUGAGCCCUGUGUGCAAAGUGUUCUGGGAUCUGCCUGGUGAAGGAAGUGUCUUAGUGGUGACAGCCGAUGGGUCCUCCUACCUCACUGAAUACCUGAUCAUCACAAUCCCUUUGGCUGUGCUCAGAGAGAGGCACUUUGAAACCUUUGUUCCAACUUUCCCAAAGGCACUCUCCAAUGCCUUCAGGGCUACAAACACUGGCACUGUCAACAGGCUAUCUCUGGGGUGGGCCUUAUCAUGGUGGGGGAACUCACCUUUGAACCUGCAGAUCUUCUGGAAGGACUACUUUUUCCCCCCAGAAAUGGAGUGGGUAUCUAGUAUUGUGCAUGUGAGGAGUGUGCCUCACCACCCCAGCCAGCUGGAGAUGACUGUGACAGGGGAAGCAUCACUUGUGAUGGAGAAGCUGGACCCAGCAACCGUCAUCUCCCACCUCAUCACUUUCCUCAGGACCAUCAACCGUGAAUCUGUUGUUCCAAUUCCUCUCUUCUUCCACAGGUCCCGGUGGUGCCGUAAUAUAUGGGCUCGUAGUUCUUACCAGUCAUACAUGUCCAUGACAGGAGUUGCUCGUUACCUUCAGGAUCGUAGUGCAUUGAAUCCAAAGAUCAACGCUCUGGGCAAACAGUCUCUCUUCUUCGGAGGUGAACACACGUCAACUGAUCGAUUUGGGACUGUAGAUGGCGCAAUGCUUUCAGGAGUCCGAGCUGCUAAAUGGGUCGUGGAUGAGCCUCUUGCCUGAACCAA